UCAACAAGCCACUAUUUUGGAAGCAGUUUGAUAAACACUCACUGUGUUCCUCAGUUGAUGUCAGUCGCUAUCUGCUUUUCCACCGAGACGUAUCACGCGUGAUCAACGUUAAACCAGCACAAAACUAGCCAGCCAGAUAGCUGUGAACCGAUAAGGUUUGGAUGACAUCGACGGUGGAAGUUUAAGAUAGCUAGCUCAUUUUUUUCCUGAAAAUUUCAGUCCAGGCAAGUCUGCAACAACUGAACUAGCCAUCGUUUUAACUUCCUUUAACUGGCUGAUUGUUUACGACAUAUGAGCGAACUAGCAAAAACCCUCAUCGUUAAUUUGAUAACUUCUCACUAGCCAACAAGACAACGUCUAUUUUUGCCAAGCAGAACAAUAGCCGACUGUCGUUUUUAUUAAAUAUCCAGCAGACUUCCUUUUUGUUUUUGACAACAAGCUGUUUUUUUCGGAGGCUUGCCAAGAAAACAUUAACGCUAGUUGGUUAACAUAGCUUGCUGCAACCUUAGCUCCUGGAGAAGUGUCAGCGUCAGCCUUGACCAGCCAGCUAAAGCCUCACUGGAACCAUUUUAACCAACGAUAGUGAAUAAACUGAUUGAUGCUGUAUCACAAACUUCAACUUGUACACCUAAUCUGAUCCACUGCAAGUUGGCGAAUCUCUUUUAAUGUUACUCUCGCCUUGCAAGCAUUAACUGACACAGAAAAAAAAAAAAACAGCAAGCCAUCUGAAUCCAAGGCGAGCCAGUUGUAGCAAGUGAGGCAGGUUGUGUACAGCCACGGAAUCCCACCUCGGAUUGUUAUAAUAUCAGUGUUAUUGUUGAAAAUGGCGGCGAUCGGAAUGGUGCAGAUGUUGAUCGAAGCAGCCGAGUUCCUUGAUCGCAGGGAAAGAGAAGCUGAACACGGCUAUGCCUCAAUGCUACCUUUCACCAGCAGUAAAGAGAGGGACAGCCUGAAACGGAAAAGCAAAAGCAAGAAAAAUACAAGUAGCAGGUCUACGCACAAUGAAAUGGAGAAGAACAGACGGGCGCAUUUACGGCUGUGUUUAGAGCGCUUGAAAUCCCUCGUUCCCUUGGGACCAGACGCCAACAGGCACACCACCCUCAGCCUGCUGAUGAAGGCCAAAGAUCACAUCAAGAAGUUGGAGGAGAGCGACAGGAGAGCUCAGCACACUCUGGAGCAGCUACAGCGGGAGCAGAGACACCUGAGGAGGCGUCUGGAGCAGCUGGGGGUGGAGAGGACCCGCAUGGACAGCACCGGCUCCACCCUGUCCUCCGACAAGUCCGACUCCGACCAGGAAGACCUGGACGUGGACGUGGAGGGCACGGACUACCUGCUGGGUGACUUGGAGUGGAGCACCAGCAGUGUGAGCGACUCAGGGGACGAGCGAGGCAGCCUGCGCAGCAGCUGUAGCGACGAGGGCUACUCCAGCGCCAGCCUGCGCCGCCUGCAGGACACUCAGGAGAGGGGCAAGCAGCUGGGCUGCAGCCUAUAAACAGCACUGUCUCCUACCCGACUCCCCACUGUCCAAUCUGCCCAAUCCCGUCCCAAGAUUGUAUCACUACUUCCUGCCCCCCACCGACACCCCCAUCCUCUCGCAGCAGGACUGACCAAGUGUAAGGCCUUUUCCUCCAGCCGGGCCUCUGUUGAUUUCCUGCCCCCACGUUGGCUUCCAUUCAAACCGCCACACCUCUGAGACUCGCACCCAUAUCCCAGCCCACCGCCAGUGGUCAGUCUCUAGGCGUCACCCACUCUGCUCUGCACCAAUCAAACGAGUGGGUUUUAGAAGACACUCCGCCCUCUUUCUUUUGUGUUCACUAGCUCCUGCCCCUCGCCCCCCUUCCCCACCCCUCUGUCCAUCAGAACCACGACUUUCAGCCAGAGAAUGUUACCACACGAUACCCCACUGCCUCUUUUUCUAUGCCUCAAGAGCCAUUGGAAGCACUUAUGAGAUUUCACCCCUCCCAAACACACACACACACACACACACACACUUACAUACACACACACACACACACAUACUCAAACCUCCAUCUCACCUGAUUGUCCACUGAGACAGAGCCCUCCCAAGGUGGUGACACAGACAUGGGGCUUUUUUCUUUUUUCUUUCUUUUUUUUUUUUCCACCGGCCCUGCUCAACAGUCGACUACCCGUGCAUGAUAUUUUGCACUUAAAUUGUCUUUAUAAACAAAACUGUAUCAUCUUUUUUUUUUUUCUAAAGGCCCUGACUGCAGCUAUUGCAGUAAGACGAAAGUGUCAUUCGUCUAAGUAAGUGUUUUGUUUGUUUUUUUUUAAAGCAGCUGUCCACUGCAGCAGCUUUCGCGGACACUAAACUCGACUGUGGCGGUGUGGUUUUUAACCGUCGGGGCCGGCAGCAAUACGUCCCUUAGUACCCGAGCUUGGUGGGUUCAUGUCCACACCUGCCAUUCACAAAAAAAAAAAGAAAAAAAGAAAAGAAAAAAGUAACAAAAAAGAGAAAAAAAAUGUGCAGCAUGAGA